AUGAGUGAUUUGUGCGGCUCCGAAUGUCCCAACCCGAACGACCACAAAGAAUUAGCCUACCAAUUAAGCCUAGUCCCAUAUGUGCUGAAUGGAUUAAAAAAAUUUGAGACCCAGUCUGUCGAAAUGCUCACCGAUCAUGGUGUUUUGGCACACGAAUUGACCAAAAGUAUGGAUUGUAUCUUGACUCUGCCCUCGUGGCUUCAUUCGCACCGGAUGCGCGCAAAAAUUCAAGACGCUAUCGAAACGGUACAGCCCCAAAUGCGACAAUUGGCUCAAUGGUUAAAAGUGCACGUGGAUCAGAUACAGGAAAUGCAGAUCGCUCUCGAACGGACCGACGAGAAAAUUCACACGUUUCUUACGACUGUCGGUUUACUGGGUGAGCCGAGUGGAACACGAUCGGACACAGAAUGUGAAAAGCUGUAG